ACGGCUCCUUUUAGGAUGAAAUCGGACUCUACUCUCUUCUGCCUCCCGCCACCUCUUCCUCCUUCCCCUCGCCACCGGGCCCUCGACUCCCUCCUUUUCUCCGCCAUUUCUUCCUCCUCCUCAGUCCUCCAACUCCGUCAGAUACACGCGCUCCUCCACCGCUUCGGCCUCCAUGCCAGCAGUUUCCUCGUCGCCAAGCUACUACGCCGUUUUACCGAUUUCGGCAUCCUCCCCCCUAACCCCUAUCCGUCUCUGAUUUUUUCCCAAGUCCCUUCUCCCAAUUCCUUUCUCUGGACUGCCUUCAUCCGCUCCCACUCUCCCUUCCUUUCCUCUGCUUCUACUGAUGCCGACUCUCCCCUCGCAGUCUACUCCCUCAUGCGACGCCAAUCUCCACCGCCGCCUCCUCUCUCCUUUACUUUCACUGCUCUUCUCAAGUCUGCCCAAUGUAUAUCUGACGGCAUCCAAAUCCACGCUCAAACCAUUUCCAUUGGUGGCUUCGACAGUGACCUUUUCGUCCUCAACACCCUCAUUGACAUGUACAUUCGCUCUGGCCAUUUGAGUCACGCCCGCCAGGUGUUCGAUGAAAUGCCUGUUAGGGAUGUGCUGUCCUGGACCUCUCUUGUUGUAGCGUACAGUAGAAAUGGAGAUAUGGAUUCUGCUGCUGGGCUCUUCCAUCUUUCUCCGGUGAAGGACUUGGUCGCUUGGACUGCUAUGAUUAGCGGCUAUUCCCAAAAUGCCAAGCCAAGGGAAGCUUUGGUUGUUUUCAAGGAAAUGCAGGCAGCCGGCGUUGUCUUUGAUGAUGUCUCUUUGGUUGGUGCGAUCAACGCAUGUGCUCAAUUGGGCACAUGUAGCUAUGCCUCUUGGAUUCGUCAGGUUGUUGAUCAGGCCUGCAUUCCAUUAAAUGCAUUCAUUGGGUCGGCUAUGAUUGAUAUGUACGCAAAAUGUGGUCUGAUUGAUGAUGCUCAGCACGUGUUUGGUCAAAUGUCUGAUAAGGAUGUUUAUUCUUACAGCGCAAUGAUUUCAGGUCUUGCAGCACAUGGCAGGGCUGAUGAGGCAAUCUGCUUAUUUGAGUUCAUGGUGAGACACACAGAUGUGCGGCCCAAUCGUGUCACCUUCGUUGGGGUGCUCACAGCUUGCAGUCAUGCUAAUUUAGUAGAGAAGGGCCGUCACUACUUUCUGAUGAUGAAUGAGUACAGAAUCACUCCAGAUGCUGGCCAUUAUACUUGCAUGGUUGAUUUGCUUGGCCGUGCCGGGCUUGUUGAUGAAGCACGGAAGCUAGUUCAGUCUAUGCUUGUCGAACCAAACGGAGCAGUUUGGGGUGCGUUGCUUGGUGCUUGCAGGAUCCAUGUGAAGCCUGACAUAGCCAGAAUUGCUUCAGAACAUAUAUUCAAACUUGAACCUGACUGUAUUGGAAACUACAUUGUGCUCUCAAAUAUCUAUGCUUCGGCUGGCAUGUUGAAUGAAGUGUCUAAUAUAAGAAAAAUGAUAAGAGAAAGGGGGCUGAGGAAGAACCCAGCUUCUAGUUGGAUGGAGUCUGGUGAUGGUGUUAUCCAUGAGUUCUUUGCAGGCGAUGAUUUGCACCCGAGAUCGAAGGAGAUAAAAGAAGUAUUGGAGAAUCUGUUGCAGAGAUUGAGGUUGGUUGGUUAUGUGCCUUUACUGAGCUCAAUUGUUUAUGACAUGAGUGAUGAUGAGAAGGAGAGGAUUCUGAAGGGCCAUAGUGAGAAGCUUGCCUUGGCCUUUGGCGUGCUAACAACUGCUGUUGGGGGUGUGAUAAGAAUUAUGAAAAAUAUCAGAAUCUGUGAAGACUGUCAUCUGGUGAUGAAGAUGUCAUCUGGGGUUAUUGAAAGGGAGAUUGUUAUUAGAGAUAGCUUGAGAUUCCACCAUUUUAAGAGAGGAGCUUGCUCUUGUCAUGAUUUUUGGUGAUGAUGUAGAGGAUUGGCUUGUGAUUUUUCAAUCAAUUGUGAAUCACAAAGCUGAGCUAUUGUAUAAUUAGAGAAUAACUGAUAUUCUUAGGAGACAUUUUUAUGUUUGAAGAGGAGACUAAAGAGGAUUUAUUUAAAUCUUAUAUAAGCUCAAUGAGAUGAGGAAUAACUAAGCUAUGUAAAUUCCUGGUGGAAUGGAGAAUACAUUUUUGACCUGUUGGUUUUAUGUACUUUAAUAAAAGGUUUACAAAUAUGAAAGCAAGACGAGAACAUAGGGCAGUUAGGGAUCUACUUGUUCAUAAGAUGACCACUACUGGCUUCUUAAAUCCUUCUGUGAUUUCUAUAGCAUGUUGUUGCUUGCUAGAGGACAUC